AUGGGCUCGAUCAGCGCCAUGGAUCCUUCAGAUUGGCAGACAAGAGUCGCGCAAAAGCGACAGCAGUGUCAGCAAGCCAUUCCAAAGGAAUGGCAGCUGUCUCCUGAUAUAUUCAAAAUGCUGGCCUUCCCACUAGACAAGAACCCAAACAGACUCCUGGACAUGGACAUAGUCAAGAAGUCGGGGAUCUUGUCUGAGCGUGAGAUAUCGAUCACCGAAGACUACACCGUGCCGGAAUUGCUGGCCAAACUUGCCACGGGAGAGUUCACUUCUCUCGAGGUUACGAUGGCGUUUUCGAAAAGGGCUGCCAUCGCCCAACAAUUGACCUCAUGCCUCACGGAGACCUUCUUCGACGCCGCACUUCAACGGGCAAAGGAUCUCGAUCAGCGCAGGAGUGAGGGAAAGAAGCUUGGGCCCUUGCAUGGCCUUCCGAUCAGCUUGAAGGACUCGUUUCAGGUCGCCGGCACCGAAGCCUCAAUCGGAUUCGUCUCUUUCCUUGGGAAGAGAUCCAAGGAGAACUCGCCGAUUGUUGACAUUCUGCUCGACCUCGGCGCCGUACUCUAUGUGAAAACGAAUAUUCCCCAGACGCUGAUGACCGCUGACUCUGACAAUAACAUCUUUGGCAGAACCUUGAAUCCCCACAACACAUUUCUGGGCGCCGGAGGUUCCAGCGGAGGGGAGGGAGCCUUGGUUGCUUUUCGAGGAUCUCCGCUCGGUAUCGGCACGGAUGUCGCUGGUUCCAUUCGCAUUCCGUCCUUGUGCUGUGGCACCUAUGGCUUCAAGCCAACGUCUUCGCGGGUGCCGUACGGGGGACAAGCAACCCCUGGAUUACCAGGGUGGAAGCCUAUCGUCGCUUGCGCCGGACCUCUUGCGAACGAUUUUGAAGCCUUGGAGCUUUUGACCCAAGCAGUCAUAGACGCAGUGCCCGCCACAUAUGACUCGACCGCCAUCGACGUUCCCUGGCGCCAGCUCAAGCAGGAUGGCGCAGCCAAUCUCAGGAUCGGAGUUCUCGCUGAAGACCCCCUUUAUCCACUUCAUCCACCAGUGAAGCGAGCGCUUGCAGAAGCUGCUAAGAAACUCGCAGACCAAGGUCAUCAAUUGAUUCACCUAAGCCCGGAGCAAGGUCACGUUUCUGAUGCCACCGAAGUGGCAUGGGAAUUGUUCUGUCUCGAGACAGAGACCCCCACAGGACAUAUCCUCGCUAGCGGAGAGCCAGCGGUACCCUCUGUGGCAGCGGGCUUUCGACCAGCAAAUUUCGGAAGCUACAAGUAUGUUCCAGAUAUUGACAAGCUGGACAGGCUGCAGAAAUUUGCAGCUUUGACCGUCAAGCGUCAGGAGCUCUCCGAGGACUGGCGGAAGACAUGGUCGGAAAUGGAGCUGGAUGCCGUUAUUAGCCCCCCUGCCCAGAAUACAGCCGUUCCCCACGACACGUACGGCUGGCCACCAUACACCUGUUUCCUCAACCUGCUUGAUUACCCGGCUUGUAUCCUACCAUUCUCGAAAACGUCGCAGCAGCAGGACUCUGAGCCUUUCCAGAUUCAGCCAGGGCAGGCUGGCCCCAAUUUCGUCUAG